AUGCGUCCCUCAUUGGCCGUCUCUCUGGCCACCAGCGCUGGCGCUGCAGUUGCCAGCGCAAAAUCUCUCGAUGAUGUCUGUACCUUGGCCAAUGUCAAGGCUGCGCUGCCUUCGAAUGGCACUCUCCUCGGUAUCAAUGUGAUCCCCUCUGCAACUACCGUCAAUACAGUUUCCAGCGACUCCAGCACUUACUGCAAUGUUACUGUCGCCUACACUCACCCUGGAAAAGGAGACACUGUCACCAUUGAAUACGCGUUCCCCGAGCCAUCCGCCUACAAAAACCGCUUCUAUGUUGCUGGUGGAUUCGGCUACUCUCUCUCUACCACGUCGACUGGUGGAAUUUCCUACGGUGCUGUUGGAGGUGCCACCUCUGCAGGCUACGGGGCCCUGGACGGUGUGACUGUCGAUGAGGUUUUCCUCGCGGGCAACGGAUCUAUUGAUUGGGACCCGAUCUACAUGUUCGGCUACCAGGCCUUGGGUGAAAUGACCAUUCUUGGAAAGAACAUCACUCCUGGAUUCUACGGAUCUGACUCCAAAAUCUACACCUACUACGAAGGUUGCUCUGACGGUGGUCGCCAGGGUAUGAGUCAAAUCCAGCGCUACGGUGAGGAGUACGAUGGUGCCAUCACUGGCGCACCGGCUUUCCGUUACGGCCAGCAGCAGGUCAACCAUCUUUUCUCUGCUGAGGUUGAACAAGAACUCGCUUACUACCCCCCUCCCUGCGAGCUUGAGAAGAUCGUCAACGCCACUAUUACUGCUUGUGACCCCCUCGAUGGCCGUACUGAUGGAGUUAUCUCUCGCUCUGAUCUGUGUGAGCUUAAUUUCAACCUGACUGACAUUAUUGGUGAGCCCUACUACUGCGCAGCCGAAGUUAGCACUUCGCUUGGAUUCAACUUUGGCAAGCGCUCCAUUGGUAAGCGUGAUGAUGGUUCUAGCACCACCUACCAGCCUGCACAGAACGGUACUGUCUCUGCUAGGGGUGUUGCUGUUGCUCAGGCUAUUAUCGAUGGUCUUCACAACUCCAAGGGCGAGCGCGCCUACCUAUCUUACCAGAUUGGUGCCUCUUACACUGAUGCUGAGACUGAGUACAACAAUGACACCAAGCAGUGGGAGAUGGAUAUUCCUUCUACUGGCGGAGAGUUCGUUGCUAAGUUCAUUGAAUUGAACGCCGAUGCCGAUAACCUUGACACCCUCGACGGCGUCACAUACGAUACCCUGGUCAGCUGGAUGAACCAGGCUAUGGUCCGCUAUAUGGAUACUCUCCAGACUACCCUCCCUGAUCUUACCGACUUCCAAUCUCACGGCGGAAAGCUCCUUCACUACCACGGUGAAUCCGACCCUAGUGUCCCCACUGCCUCGUCUAUUCACUACUGGCAGUCUGUUCGCGGUAUCAUGUACCCAGAGUCAACCACCAAGGAGAGCCUCACCAAGCUCCGUGACUGGUACCAGCUUUACCUCGUCCCCGGUGCUGCUCACUGUGCCACAAACUCCCUCCAGCCUGGUCCUUACCCCGAGGACAACAUGCAGACUAUGAUUGACUGGGUUGAGAACGGCAUUACCCCUACCCGCUUGAAUGCCACUGUCACCGCCGGCGAGUACGAGGGUGAGGUCCAGCGUCUUUGCCAGUGGCCCAGCCGCCCCCUGUGGCGCAACAAUGCCACCUUUGACUGCGUCUUUGACAAGGCUUCCUACGACACCUGGACCUAUGAGUUCCCCGCUUUCAAGGUCCCCGUCUACUAA